CAUAUCUACAACACAUCUCGUUGCGCAGCGCUAAACUGGCGGCGGCGGCGGCGCGUCAUCAUCAUCGUCGAGGAUGGAGUCAUCGUCGUCAUCGUUCCAAAAGAGGAAAUCCGAAACCCUAGCCUCAAUAACCUCCCAAACCCCGGACAAAUCCCCCAAGGGUUUCCUCGACGCUCCCAUCAUCCCCCUCAUCGACGCCAUCAACCUCCACCCUUCCUUCUUCACCACCAGCUCCUGCUCCGGCCGCAUCUCCAUCCUCUCCCACCCCAAAAACCCUAACCCUAACCCUAACGGCAGGAUCAAGAAGAAGGCAGGAGGGGGCCGGUGGAUCUUCAUCACGCAUGACCCUGCUGAUGCCGACGCCGUCGCCGACGUUCUGUUUGGCGAGGGGGGAGGAGGAGGAGAGGGGGAUUUGGUGUUUAGGUUCGAGCCGUUGAUUGUCGCCGUCGAGUGUGCCGACGUUGAGUCUGCGCAAAUGUUGGUUUCUGCUGCGAUUUCUUGCGGGUUUAGGGAGUCUGGUAUAACAAGUAUACAAAAACGCGUCAUUAUUGCCAUACGCUGUUCUAUACGCCUGGAAGUGCCACUAGGCCAAGUUGGUUCAGUUUUGGUUUCGAAGGAGUAUGUUCGCUAUCUUGUUGGGAUCGCCAACGAGAAGAUGGAAGCAAAUAGAAAGAGAACAGACAGUCUUCUUCAUGUUUUGCAAAUUAAGGUUCUCUCAGCAUCAUCAGAACAGAUAGAUACUAACGAAAGGAAUCAACGGCAGGUGUCUGGUGAAGGAAGGUUUCCACAAUUCGAAGCAAAGCAAAAUGACUCGUUAUCAGACCAAAAACUAAAUGAGAGUGACUCGUUACAGUAUUGCAUUCAGGAUCAGAUCAAAGAUAAAUCUGUUUCUGGGACUGGAAGACUCUCAAAUGCAGAUAAAAAUAUCAAUUCAUCAUGCGAGGACUCAUUAAAAUAUUUCAACCCCUUGUGUGGAUUAGAAGUUGGAUACACUAAUGAAGGUGGAACUAACGCCAAUCUAAAUUCAGAGUUGUCAGGGACGCCUGAAUGCUCUGUUUCAGCGGAUUUGUUGACAACAGUUGGUGAACCUGCCGAGAAACUCUUACUAUGGGGUCAAUCAGCUUGUACUUUGAACAGAAGGAAAGAGAUCAUUGUAUUUGGUGGCUUUGGAGGAGUAGGAAGGCAUGCAAGAAGAAGUUACUCCCUGAUGCUUGAUCCCCGGUCAGGCCAGUUGCAUGAAAUUGAUGCCAAGGGACCCCCAUCUCCACGCAUGGGUCAUACAUCUUCAAUGGUUGGGGACCAAAUGUUUAUUAUUGGGGGCAGAGGUGGUCCAAAUCAAAUUCUUAAUGAUGUCUGGGUUCUGCACACGUCGGAAAAUAGAUGGGUGUUGCUAGAAUGUACCGGGAGCAUGUUCCAGCCAAGGCAUCGACAUGCAGCCGUAGCUGUAGGCUCGAGUGUAUACGUUUUUGGUGGCCUUGAUGGUGAAGUGGUUCUUUCAAGCAUGAAUGUUCUAAAUACUGAAACCUCUCAGUGGAGUGAGAUCAGCAUCCAAGGGGAGUGGCCCUCUGCUCGCCAUUCACAUUCCUUGAUAGCAGAUGGCACACUUUUGUACAUGUUUGGGGGGUACGACAGUGAAAAAGCACUAGGUGAUUUAUACAGUUUUGAUACAAGAAUGAGUUUAUGGAAGAAGGAGAAGACAUCAGGGAGAGAUCCUUUACCAAGAUUCUCUCAUUGCAUGUUCAUCUAUAAACGGUAUCUUGGCAUACUUGGUGGAUGUCCUAUCAGGCAACAUAAUGAAGAGUUGUCUUUGCUAAACCUGGAACAUAAAAUCUGGAUGCAUGUAAAAGUUGACUCUGUAGAUAGAAACAUCUGGGUUCGCAGUUCAACUUGUGUCAUUGAUGACAAUAUAGUAAUUAUUGGUGGUGGAACAUCCUGUUAUGCAUUUGGUACAAAGUUUAAUCAAUUAAUGAAGAUAAAUUUGCAACCAGUAGAUUCACUCUAUAGCAUUACUUAUGAAAAGGUGAAUGAGCCACCAGCCAAGUUUCACAAUGCUUUUGACGACAUAUCUGGUUGCAAAACACAUUUACAGUACGUGCAUACUACUGGAGAUGGACAUUGCAUUGAUGCAAAAUACUUCACCCUUCAAGUCGAGAAGAAAUAUGCUAAGCUUGCAAAGGAUGUAUUAAAAAAAUUUGGAUGGUUGGAUCUUAGUAGGAAGGUCCAGCCAAGUGGGGAUGACCGUCAUAUAAACUUACCAGUUACUAGAAGCUUUUCCUCCUUUUAUAAGAAAGAACUUAAUUCCGUAGAUGCACCGGACGACUUCUGUCAACAAGGAGUUUUUACAAAGAAGGGAGGCAGUUCAUUAGAUGAGAUUUCUCUCCCUAUGGCAUCAAGAUUUUUAGUGACUUGUGGUGGUACACUACAAAUUAAUGAUGUGUCAUGCAGUAGGAAAGUCCCCAAAGCUCCUCAAAAGACAAUGAAAGAAUCAAUUAGCACCUUGCUGAGGAAAAAGGGAAUGCCGGUAAAGCUGUUGGAGCAGCUACCUACGAGGUGGGAGCGACUUGGUGACAUCGUGGUUCUUCCGGUAAAUUCUUUGAAGGAUGCAAUUUGGAAUUCUAUUGGUGAUGAGCUUUGGCCAAUAGUAGCUAAAUCCCUUGGUGCUCAGCGCCUUGCACGCCAAGGCCGAAUAUUGCCUAAUGGAACAAGAGAUAGCUCUCUAGAAAUUCUUGUGGGAGAUGAUGGUUGGGUUAAACACCAAGAAAAUGGAAUUAUUUACUCUUUUGAUGCAACCAAGUGCAUGUUUUCCUCGGGAAACCUCUCGGAAAAGCUCCGAAUGGCUCAUCUGGACUGUAGGGAUGAGAUCGUUGUGGAUUUGUUUGCUGGAAUUGGAUAUUUUGUGCUCCCGUUUCUUGUAAAGGCCAAGGCAAAGUUCGUUUAUGCAUGUGAAUGGAAUCCCCACGCAAUAAAGGCACUUCGACAUAAUAUUGAUGCCAACUUCGUGGCAGAUCGUUGUAUCAUACUUGAAGGAGAUAAUCGUGUUACAGCACCUAAAGCAGUUGCUGAUCGUGUUUGCCUUGGUCUGCUACCAUCAAGUGAGAUUAGCUGGGGUACUGCUGUAAAAGCUUUAAGGGCUGAGGGUGGUGUGCUUCAUAUCCAUGAAAAUGUCAAGGAUUCAGAGGAGAAUUCAUGGUUGGAAUAUGUCAUCAGAUCCAUAAGCGAUAUCGCUCAAUCUGAAGGUUUAUGUUGGGAUGUUUCAGUACAACACUUGGAGCGUGUGAAGUGGUACGGUCCACACGUUCGCCAUAUUGUAGCUGAUGUUAGAUGUCAAAAAGUCUAAAUCAAACAAUUACUAUAUGCAAGUAUUGUUUCUUAUCCGAGAGAAUCAGAGAAACAAAGUGAAGAGUGAGAUUAUACAACAAUGUAUCAUUGACAGAAUUUAUCAGCGAUCAUGUAUUACUUUUAAAGAUUUUUAAGCUAAUAUUUACCUGAACAUGAAGUGUGUUA